UAAGAUUAUUAUAUGCUAAAUUUUGAAAUUUUAAAUUCGUAUGAGAUUUUUUAAUAUAACAAAACUCUAUUUACUGAUGCAUUACUAUAAUAAUAUUUUCCGAAAACAGUGUGUUAGUGGCUUUGAAAAAUUUGCAAACAUUAAAAGGGAGAAGAUACGCGAAAAAAAAAGUAAAGGUAUCCAAAAACGCCAGUUCAAAAUUUAAGUUCAAAACGGUAGUUAAAUGGCGAAAGAAUUGAUUCCACUUAUUUCUAGUGAAGACUAUCUGCCAAACGGACAAUGUUCUCAAAACAAUAAUUUUCUAAACAACAAUUCCAUAAGUUCCUUAUUUCCGCAAUUUAUGAAUCUAAUUGCUGAUAGCAGUUAUGAGUUUUCUAUAUCAAUAGUGUAUUUUCCUGACGUAUUCCACAAGAAACAGGUUCGUGAAAAUAAUCAAUCAAGGCAACAAAUAGAGGAUGGUAAUGUCAUUUUUUGUCUUGAAUUUAAAUCUGCUGAGGCCCGGAAGUCUAUAGACAGUAUUACUAUUAAAGUACUACGCAAAUACUCUAAACAACAUGAAGAUGUAAUUAUCAAACAUGAUCAAAGUGAAGUACUAGAUACAAAGGUUCUCAUAAAAUUAGAUUUGGACUCUGUUUAUGAAGUAAAUAACUUUAAAGUUUAUGAACUGGACAAAAGUUUGCACAAUGAUCAAAAGAAUUUGUUUUAUCUUGAAGUUGAAGUAAAGUUUUUUAAUAGCAGACCAUGUAAACGACGUACUCAUGAUUUUCGUUUGUUUGGAAGAAAACCUCAAAAAGCUUGUCCUAGCUCCGAAUAUGAUAACGUAAAAAAAUGCAAAAAAUUAGUUGCUGAGUAUAUUCAAGCUAAAAGUAUAGAAGUUGGAGAAAAUUUGUUCUUAGACAACACUAUUCAGACAACUAAUGCUGAUAUUGCAUAUCAUUGGCCACUGGAGAAUGAAGAUGAUCAAUUUGAGGAAGGAGAAGUUGUGGGAUUUAUUGCUGAUAUAAAUGGGAAAUACUCUGUAAGGAAGUUAAAUUUACAAAACUGCUCUCAGGCAAUUCUUAAUGGUGUUAUCAGUCGAUCAUAUUACUUGCAAGCUCAAAUUUCAACAGACGGAAGGCGGAGUGAAGCUAUAUGUAUGAUGGGUAUUGUGCCAGUCCAAGUUAAAGGAUCUGUUUGCAUCAAUGAUGCAUUAUAUGCAUCUCCAGAUUUUCCUGGAUUCGCUGUAAGUAGUUACAAUCUCGAUAUCAGUUUGCAUCAAAGUAAAGGUCAUAUCGGAUAUGCAUUUUCUACAUAUAAUCCUGAGGAUAAGAAAGCAGUAGGUAUAGUUAAAGCUGGGGUGUCAGUCUUAGAAUCAGCACGACAGUGUUUACAGGAUGUACAACUUCGCACUCUGAAGUCCCAAGUUGAUGAAGUUUCUAUAAAACAAAAGCGAACAAAAAGAUAUACCUGCACUUGUUUCGUUGUUUGCAUAGCUUUAGCUAUUUUAAGUAGUACUUUUCUUUACCAAAUUUUUGCACCUGGAACAAGUUUUCGAUACUUUCUUUGUAAGCAGGGAAGAUUAAGUGGAUCUGCAUCUUUUCAAUUUAUUCCACUUCGUGCAAGUAAUCUUUAUCCUCACGUAUAUGGUAUUGAGUUUGAGUUUUUAACCCUUAUGCAAAAGACAGGUCACACUGAGUAUAAAAAGUUAAACCUCACAGGAGUCAAGUACUACUUAAAUACUGAUCGUUGCGCGUACCGAUCUAUUAUACAAUCGAGAAAUGUUCGUUUGACAACUCCUGUGGUUUUUGGCCCUGACGUGUUUGCAGUAGACAAAAAAUGCUACCACGCGUUUUAUUACGAUGAACCAGAGGAAGAUUGGCAGCGUUAUACAUCUGUCUCCUGGGAAACCAAACAAAAUAUAUUUUGUCAACCUCCAUCAAUCUGGAAAAACUUCACACCGUCUGAAACUUAGUCUCUGUUUAAUCGUUUUAUACUGAGGUGUAGACCAGCAAUAUAGAGUUGUAUACAUACAUCAUAUAUAUACAUUUAUAUAUAUAUAUAUAUAUAUAUAUAUAUAUAUAUAUAUAUAUAUAUGUAUACUUUAAGCUUGUACCUAAUACAUAUAUUGUGAAGUAAUAAUGAGACACUGCAUUUUCUUGGAAAAGCUAUUUUAAACUUGUGUGAGACAUUUAUUAUUUUUAAGCAUGAUUUAAAUAUUUGGUUAAUGUAAAUUUUUAAUGGAAUUGGUGUACACUUGAGGUGA